AAGAGGAGGUUCCCUCUGUGCUUGAGAGUCAUUUCAGCUCUGCUCAGCCUCUUGUUCAUUUCUCUCCAAGUCCCAGCUCUAACACCUAAAUUUUUUUUAAGCAUGCCACCCAAGAAGAUUGAACCAAAGAAACCUGAGCCCAAGAAGCCAGAACCGAAGAAAGAUGCAGCUCCAGCUGCUAAACCAGCUCCUCCUCCGGAGCCACUACCUGAACCACCCAAGGAGCCUGACUUUGAUCCAAAGAGUGUUGCUAUCGAGUUCUCAACUGAUCAGAUUGAAGAGUUCAAGGAGGCAUUUACCUUGUUUGACCGCACACCAACUGGGGAAAUGAAGAUCACGUAUGCCCAGUGUGGGGAUGUGAUGCGAGCUCUGGGCCAGAACCCGACCAACUCUGAUGUACUGAAAGUCCUUGGGAAGCCACGGCCAGAAGACAUGAACAUUAAAAUGCUGGACUUUGAGACUUUCCUGCCAAUGCUUCAACACAUUUCCCGUGCAAAGGAUCAAGGCAACUUUGAGGAUUUUGUGGAAGGGCUCAGGGUUUUUGACAAAGAAGGCAACGGCACCAUUAUGGGAGCAGAGCUUCGUCAUGUGCUCGCAACGCUUGGCGAGAGGAUGACAGAAGACGAAGUGGACAGACUGAUGGCUGGGCAGGAGGAUGCCAAUGGGUGUAUCAACUAUACCUCAUUUGUAAAGCACAUCCUCUCUGGUUAACGAGGACAUUCAACCAAAAAAGACAAACCUUCUUGUUUUUGUCACUUAUUGGAUCAUUGUAUAUUUAGAGGUGAGAUUGAUCUGAAAGCAGUGAAAAUAUGUUGAGGCUGUUAUACUCAGAAGUUACUAUUGAGCAGAAAAUGAAAUUGUAAGUUGUUCUUUUGAAUAAACUUUUUUAAUAAAAAUGUCAAUAAUUUACCAUUGGCAAUGAAGAUACAUUGAUUAAUAAAGAAAACAUGAUUACUACAUGCAUUAAAA